AUGAAGGUCAUAGCCCUGCUCGCAACCCUGCUCCCCGCCGCGUCGGCAGUGGACUGGUCCCUCACCGGCUACUCCUCAAACAACUGCGACAGCACGACCACGGUGUUUGAGAACGGGUCCGACGGCGUCAACUUCACCUGCCAGUCUUUUGAUACGACGGUCCACAGCGCCGAUUUUGAGGGCAACAACUUCUGGUGUCUAUACCUGUUUGCGGAUGGCGAGUGCGGGGAGGAGACCAAGUACCUGGCGACGGGGGCGACGGGGUGCCAGGUGGGAGACUGGGGGAGCUAUUCCUUCCUCUCUUCCUUGCCCACCGCUGGAGAUACCCCGUCGAUACCCACCCGCACCACGAAAAUGGAAACAUCGACCUACAUAAUCCUGGCGCUGCUCGCCAUUUUCCUAUUUGGCCCGGCGCUCUUCCGGGACAAGUCGCCCAUCCCCGAGACGUCGGGCAACGUGCACAAGAUCACCAAGGCAGCCGAGCUGGACGCGCUGCUCAGGUCGACCAGCAACGUGGUGGUCGACUUCUACGCGGACUGGUGCCCGCCGUGCCGCUCCAUCGCGCCCGUCUUCUCCGGGCUGGCCGACAAGCACGCGCUCAAGGGCCACCUCGCCUUCGCAAAGGUCAACGUGGACCACGUCAACGACGUCGCGGGCCGCUACGGCGUGUCUGCAAUGCCGACCUUUGUCUUCUUCGAGGGCGCCAAGCCCACGCCCGUGCAGGCGAAGCUGCCCAGGGCUGCUGGCCCUUCUGUGGUGGUGGUGGAUGGCGGCGUCGAGAGGAUCCGCGGGGCUGACCCGGUGUCGCUGACUGCCGUGACGGCUGCGCUGUAUGAGAAGGUCAAGGGCGCUGCGGGUGUUGUUGAUGCUCCGGCUGAUGAGAAGGCGUCCGAGCAGUCUUGA